AUGGCUACGCCGUUUCGCAUCGAUGUCGAAGCUAAGGAUUCGGGGUUGUUGGGACUGAAACUGCGGAAUGAGGAGGCGGCCAAGGUCACGGAGCUGCUUCAGAAGGAUCUUGAGACACACCACGUCUUCUUCAACGUCGAUGGUUAUCAUGACCACAUCGUCCACCACCUCCUCACACUCUACGGCACCGGGGCGAGUGCCCAGGACUUGCAGAAGGCCUACGACGCCAACGACUCAUACCAACUGAAGGCUAUGAAACCUCGCGACGAAGUCGUUGACCAACUUUCAAAAGACUGGGAUGCCGCCAAGGACUACGUCGGCAAGGGACGACAGUAUGCGUCGUUCCUACGCUUCUUCCAAGGCGAGAUCGAGAAGCUGGGGUGCGAGGCGGUGCUCAUGGAGUAUCUCUUCAAGGACGAUAAACGGGGACGCGACAUGCAAAGCCGUCUGUUUGGAGGCCUGCUUCACCCCUUAAUCCAGCUCAUGUACGGCCUCGAGUGGGAACAGCCAGCAACCAUCGCCUCGGGCCUCGCUCAAAUCUCCAUCCACGACAACGGCCUGCACGAGUUCCUCACCCGCUCUCAAGCCGACGCCGCUGCCAGGCCAGACUCUUACCAGAUGGGUUCCAUCAUCGACCUCUACGCCCAAAUCGCUCCGAACCAGAAGCUUGCGUCGAGCGCUCGCUGGGAGGACCGCAACCGCAUCUACGACGGCGUGCUGAAACGCGCCCCUGACGAAAUGGUUGAGUUGGCGAGCCAGGUUCAAGUGAGGCCGGAAGAAUUGGAGGAACGCACGGCAGAGAUGUUGCAUACGGCGGCGUAUGUUGUUGCUUCGGCAGCAUUUCAUCCUCCUCAUGUCCCCAAGUUUGACUUCUUCCUUACACACCACGUCACAUCCGCGCCCUUCUUCCUCACCCUCAACAAGCUCCCCUGGGUACCCACCGCCGUCAAAGUCCGCCUCCUCGAAUCCAAGAUCCGCAUGGACCUCUUGCAAUACGUCGCCCGCGGCUGUCCGGCGCUGCACGCGGACUCGCUCUUCGACUACACGCCCAAAGACGCGUCGUCGCUCGUCGCCAGGCCUGAAGAGCUGCUGCCCCGGAUCCAUACCAUCGUCGACGACGGGCACACCGUCAAGCUCUCCCGCGCGCUGCUGCUGGCGCAACGCGUAUCGCAACCGUACCAAGAUCGGCCGUGGAUACGGAUCCCGGAUGACGAUGCGUGGGUGAGGGCGCAGUAUCUGCUGUUGGAUGGAAAUGAGCAUUGGGAGGUCAAGUGGGUGAGAGCGGGCGGCUUUGAGGAGGCAUGGGAGGAAAUUCCAAAGGAGUAA